UUCUCCACGGUGCUCCAAUCGCUGUGUGCUCGUGGGAGUCAGACAGAAAGUCUCGCAUAUCUCGUGUAGUCUCGCCGCGGUGUUCGAGUGCUAUAUUUACGAGUGAAACUGCUAAUCGUCAUUGAGUCGCUAAACUCGCCUGUAGGGUUUUAGCUAGUUUGCACAACAGUAGCAGUUGCGCGAGAGUCAACGAUUGCUGCUACCGCUUGUCGACGCCUUUCGAAAGUGCUGUUGUGUACGGAGCUAGAGCUUAAGGCAGGCAAAGCCGAAGACUUAUUGUUACUACUGCUGUAGCCGCUGAAAGCGUGUAAGCGCGACGACAGUUUACAUUAAGACCGAGAUCGACGACGACGACAGGCUCGCGCCUCGAUUCGUAUAAACUACUAGCUGUAAGUAAAUCAAGUGGUAAACCCACCCUUCCCCCCCAAUUAGCAAAGUGAAAAUGUCCGCGUCCAGCCCGAAGAAGGCAAAGGUUGAGGGUGGCGAUGAUCGCGACUAUGAUGCGGAGACGCAGAAGGCGCUCGAGGAUAUCGACGCCUGCCAGAACGAGAUUGACGCCUUGAACGAGAAAGCGUCUGAGGAGAUACUCAAGGUCGAACAGAAGUAUAAUCAAGAGCGUAAGCCGUACUUCGACAAGCGCAACGAGCUCAUCGCCAAGAUCCCGAACUUCUGGGAAACUACGUUCGUGAAUCACCCGCAGAUUUCAGCAAUCCUUGAUGAAGAAGAAGAGGAAUGCCUGAAACAUCUCCGCAAGCUUGAGGUUGAGGAGUUCGAAGAUAUUAAAUCAGGAUACAGGAUCAAGUUCCACUUUGAGGAAAAUCCGUACUUUGAGAAUGAUGUCCUCGUCAAGGAAUUCCACCUUGCAACAUCAGGCGAUCCGUCAUCGAACUCAACCCUUAUUAAGUGGAAGCCGAAUAUGGACCUAACAGCUAAACACAAGGAGGCAUCUAAGAACAAUGGCGCUAGCGGCCAACGCAAGAGGCGUUACGAUCAGCCCCGAACCUUUUUCACCUGGUUCACGGACCACGCGGACGCCUCAGCCGAUGAUAUUGCCGAGGUAAUUAAGGACGAUAUGUGGCCUAACCCGCUGCAGUACUUCCUCGUGCCCGACAUCGAGGUGGAGAAUGGCCUCGAAGAGGAAUCGGACGGCGAAGAGGACGAGAGUGAGGCCGAUGAUGAAGCCGUCGUCGUUGUCGAGGAGGAGGAAGCCAGCGAGGGUGAAGGUGAAGGCGACGAUUGAGUCUCCUUUCUCAAACGAGACCAACGCUACCACUCAAGUGUCAGUUGGACGGACCGUUAAUGGACGAUUGACUCAACGGGAAUCGAGGAAUGGCAAACAGCACUUACGUAAUAUCAUCGCCAAGAAAAAACUAACCAGCAACGUUGAGAAGAAUUAGUGCGGGACAUCGUUGUAAAAGACUGGCAUCAGCGAACACGGCGGCCAGAUGGACACGAGUUGUGCAUGGCGUAUUGCAACGAAAAGAAGCGCCCGUGGUUUUCAUAUUGCAGAUCGGGUCGUUGUUGUUGUUGUCGUCGUCGUCGUCCUUCUGGUAACAGACGGAGCGGGGCUAGAGGGAGUAAAUGUCUUCAAUUAAUUGGUGAACCAUGAUACCGGCCGUUCCUCGAUACCUCGAAGUGGUUUGAUUAAGCCAAGAGCGGCAUCCAACAAGACAUUUGGUUGGUUGUCGCUGACGAAUUUCAACGGAUUCUGGGGGGUAACGCUUAGAAAAGGAGGUAUUUCGGAUUAUAUAUAUAUACAUAGAUAGGCAGUGCGAGACGGGUGGAACGUGCUUCGUCGCGCACGUCGAUUUCGGUGGAAUAUAUAGUGGUUGGUGUGCGUAUGUGCGGCUAAAACGCACAUGACAAACUGUCACUCGUGACAAUUUACAUUGAUAUAUUGAUGAGAAGGGAGGUUGGUAGCAACAAGGAGAAAGAACACUAACGGAAAAAGCGAACUAGCCGGAUAAAAAUAUCUAUUAGAUGAUAAUCGCUUGAAAAUUAGUGCGCGUAUGCGCUGACCCGGGAAUGAAGCAAACAAACAAAAUGAUUGAUACGGCAGAAAAAUGUUCUCAGCACAUUUAUAACUGGCUAUAGAUACGUAUACACAGACUCACUGAUAAUACAUGGCACAUGUCAAUGAGAGCCGAUUGUGUCGGAUGGGGACUGGUGAAGCUGCGGCAGAAGACCAACCUAGUGCUCACGCAAAAGGACAGGCGAGCAGAAAAUUUCAAUAUAAUCAACAGAAGAAAGUGAAGUAGAUAAACGGUGCACUUAAGAAGGAACCGCCUGUAGGGUGGUAAUACACGAUGCAAGGGUCUAAUGUUUGCGGCAAUGAGUCUUUACUUUGCCAUAAUGUUUAAAUGCGAAGGACUUAUAUCAUAUUGGUUUGUGUCAACGGCAUUAUUAGUACACAGAAGAGGAAUCAGGGAAGAGAAAAUCUUGUAACCAGAACUAGUGAAAUUGUACGGUGCAUGCGAUAUUUGAUAUAUGACAUGAUAUAUCUCCGGAUGUAACCAGUCCCUGACGAACUGACACGAACGUCACCCACUGCCUGUGUCCAAUAACAGCCGAAAGGAGGAUGGACGCGUUGGCAGCGCUGCAGUGUUUUAUCCCUGGAAGGCUGGCUGCCAGUUGUGAAAGAACUAUCCUUCGUAGAGCCACGUUCAUUCAGGUGAAAGAAGGUAUUUGUGGUGAAGAUACGAAUGAUACUGACAACAAUAUAUAACAACAUUAAAAUGAUUGCGGGAAUAGCACCAACAAAACAAAUAAGCAAAGAAAGAAAAAUAAAAACUUGAACAGUUGCGACCGAGACAAGCGGGACGAGUUUAUCCGUUUCCACAAGAUAGUGGACAACUUCUACAUUGACUCGAAUGGGCAGUUGCUUGGAUUUCUUUUCGACAGCCAUCAUUAUUAUUGCAUUUUGUUCAUUACAAAAAUAGUGAUGUUUAUGGACUGAUUUGUAUACGUACUAUUAUUAUUAUUAUUGUUAUUAGUAUAAACCAUUGUAUUUUAGAAGUGAUACGAAUAUACGUGAUUUUCGGAUACCCGUUUUUUUGGAAAAAUAUAUAUAUACAGUCAGGUACACGCUUCGUUUCCAUGCGCGGCGCAAUGGGAUUCCAAAGCGUAUCGCUGUCGAUGGCUUGGAAUUGUUUUCAUUUUUUCACAUAAACCUUUUUAUUGAAGGGUAUUAUCAUAACUAUCCACGCAUAUUGUAUACUUAUUGCCUUGCAUUAAUCACAGACAGGUUACAUAUUUAGUAAUUAUGCGGGCAAGAUGACUAUCAGCAGGAAUUGUUAUUAUUACUUUUUAUUUUAUUAUUUAGCCAUUGUUUUGCUAAAUUUAGUUAAGUCGACUUUGUUUUUCAA